GUGGGAUGCUGUCCUUCCCCGAGACAUUGAGAAUUAGGAUCAGAGCCCGCUGGAGGAGCCCCCUGCAAUCAAUCUUGAACGGAGUGUGUAGGGCCCUGGACUUCUUGAGGAGCCGCCACAGAACACCGUCUUCUGGAGCCGCCUCCUCCGGGUGCCAUCUGAAGAGAAGUCCCUCCCGGGAGGUCCACUGGGCUCCCGCCAUGUCUGACUACGAGAACGACGAGGAGUGCUGGAACACCCUAGAGGGCUUCCGGGUGAAGCUGAUCUCCACCAUCGAUCCGAGCAGGAUCACGCCCUACCUUCGGCAGUGCAAGGUCAUUAACCCCGAUGACGAGGAGCAGGUUCUCAAUGACCCCAGCCUGGUCAUUCGCAAGAGGAAAGUAGGCGUCCUCUUGGACAUCCUCCAGCGGACGGGCCACAAGGGGUACGUGGCGUUCCUCGAGAGCUUGGAGCUGUACUACCCACAUCUGUAUAAGAAGAUCACCGGGAAGGAGCCGACCAGGGUCUUCUCUAUGAUCAUUGACGCUUCCGGAGAGUCGGGCCUGACCCAGCUCCUGAUGAACGAGGUCCUGAAGCUGCAGAAGAAGGUCCAGGAGCUGAACCUGCUGCUCAACUCCAAGGAGGACUUCAUCAAGGAGACCCGGGUGAAGAACAGCAUGCUGCGCAAGCACCAGGAGCGCGCGGAGAAGAUGAAGGAGGAGUGUCAGGCCUUCAGCCAGGAGCUCAAGAAGUGCAAGGACGAGAACUACAACCUGGCCAUGAGCUUCGCCAAGCAGAGCGAGGAGAAGAAUGCGGCGCUCAUGAAGAACCGCGACCUGCAGCUGGAGAUCGCCCAGCUGAAGCACAACCUGAUGAAGGCUGAGGAUGACUGCAAGGUGGAGAGGAAGCACACGACCAAGCUAAAGCACGCGAUCGAGCAGCGGCCAAGCCAGGAGGUGAUGUGGGAGAUGCAGCAGGAGAAGGACCUUCUACUGGCGAAGAUCCAAGAGCUGGAAAACUCCAUUAGGGAAGGAAAGAGGGAGAAGAACAGCCUGUACAUCACGGUCCUGGAGGAGGACUGGAGGCAGUCUCUGAUGGAGCACCAGGAAAAGGAGACAACCAUCUUCCAUCUACGCAAGGACCUGCGCCAGGCCGAGGCGCUGCGCAACAAGUGCAUGGAGGAAAAAGAGAUGUUCGAGCUGCAGUGCACGACCCUUCGGAAGGACUCCAAGAUGUACAAAGAUCGCAUUGAAGCGAUUUUACAACAAAUGGAAGAAGUGGCUAUCGAGAGGGACCAGGCCAUCAUGACCCGGGAGCAGUUCCACCUGCAAUAUUCCCAGAGCCUAAUCGAGAAGGACGGGCAUCGCAAGCAGAUUCGCGAGCUGGGCGAGAAGUGCGAUGAGUUGCAGCUUCAGCUGUUCACGAGGGAAGGGCAGCUGCUGUCCAUGGAGAGCAAGCUGAAGAGGCUGCAGCUGGAGACCCCCAACCUGAGUUCAGACUUGGAGGAGACGUCUCCCAGGAACUCGCAGGAGCUGACUCUUCCCCGGAGCCUGGAUGAGGACGCUCAGCUCUCCGACAAAAAUUGUCCUACCGAAGUGAGACUUGUGCACCCAUCGUUGGCCGCUCUGGAGAAGGACCGGCUUUUAGUUUCCCCCAAGGAAGCUAAAGUAAGCAACGGAGAACCCCCCGACAAGGAGCGGCGGCGGAUGAAAGACAGCUUUGAGCACUACCGCAGAAAGCGGGCCCUGAGAAAAAAUCAGACCAGCAGACACGUGGGAGAAGUGGAUUGGGACAACACCACGGGAAGCGACAAUACCGACACCGAAGGCUCUUAGCGCCCAUCCAAGAUGCCAUCUCCUGGACCUCUGGGCCUCCUCUCCAAAAGCCCCCUCCGCUUUCCUCCCGAAUAUUUUUAAUGUUCUCUUUGAGACGCACGUCCCUUUUAUGUUGGAGGAAGCGAUAACGGUGCUGGAAUCCCGAGGAGGGAAGGACCCAGCGUGAGGUUUGGAUGGAGCGGGAGGGCGGUGAUGACCAGAGAGGACAAUCCUUCCACACUACCAGUGUGGGAAUCUCAGUGGUUUGAAUCGGCACAGGUUUGUUUUCAGACUUCCUUUCGAUAUCACCAUGGGCCCCGAAUCCAGGGAGAAAGAGAACAUUUGACUGCCUUUGACUGCCCAAACUUUUUAGAGAAACAGAGAGAGGUUUAGGAGUGUUAACGGGGGUUAGGGAUGAGCAGGAGGAGGAUUG